AUGGCUGUGACUGGAAAAGAAAGAGGGAAAAAGAAAGGAGUUGGGAUGGCUUUCCUGCCCUUGACCGUAGUUCCUGUAGAUGCCGGGUGGAUCCCAGCGGGUCAGGUAACACAGCAUCUCCAUUUCCCUCAGGUGCUGUCACUGGUGAUCCCCACCCAGCUGCAGAGGGUGACACACAGGGUGACCCACGGGGCCCUGCACAGGCUCUUCCACACCAGGAGCUGUUUGUUUGUUGUCCUGCACAUGGCCUUGCAGGCUGCAGUGUUUGGGGAAUACACCUGGGAGGUGUUUGGGUACUGCUGGGAGCUGCAGUUCCACCUCCUCCUCCUCCUCCUGCCCUACCUGCUGCUGGCUGGGAACAUGGGCUGCUUCCUGCUCUGCUCCCGGGCCAACCCUGGGAUAAUAACGAAGUCAAACCAUGCAUCCCUGGUUAAGGUUUAUGCUUAUGAUGGGGUGAUGUUCCAGAGGGGCACCGUGUGUCCUACGUGCACCAUGGAGAAGCCAGCCAGGUCCAAGCACUGCAGUGUGUGCGGGACGUGCGUGCACCGCUUCGACCACCACUGUGUGUGGCUCAACAACUGCGUGGGGGCCUCCAACGCGGGCUGGUUCCUGCUGUACCUGCUGUCCCUGACGGCCACGGCUGCCACCCUCACUGCCCUCACCCUGGCCCUGCUCACCCGCGUGGUGCUGCUCUCCAACGUCAUGCACAGCUCUUACCUGGAUGCCCAGGGCCAGGAGCACCCUGUGGAGAUUCCCUUCCUGGUCCAGCACCUUUUCCUGACUUUCCCUAGGAUUGUCUUCAUGCUGGGGUUUGUUCUCCUGCUCACACUCGUCCUGGGUGGAUACAGUGCUUUCAGCCUGUACUUGGCCUUCACCAACCAAACCACCAAUGAGUGGUGUAAAUCCAGGAGACUGGGGCUGUCCCACCAUCUCUCAUCACAGCCCCCUGACAGACAACUUGUCUACAAAAACAUUUAUUCUAAAGGAAUCUGGAGGAAUUUAAAGGAAAUCUUUAAGCCUCCUACAGCACUGGAAAGGAAGAAGAAAACAUGAAGAUAUUUGGGCAUCUUUAAACUUUGUGAGAUUUUAUUCCAGCAGUGGGUUUGGAUGCCCCAGCAGCUUCUGGGACAAGAUCACUGCAGGAUUUGGAUUGAUGGUGCCCCAGCAGAGCACCAUUUAAGAUCCCUCCCUCUCUGAGGUUCAGCUCAGUCCUGUCUGCA